AUGCGAGAGCAACGUAUAGGGAUAUUGUCCAUCCAGGAAACUCGCCUGAGUGACGAUGAAUGCCUAUCUCUGAAUGAACGAUACCACAACACCCUUGACAUCGUCAACUCAUCAAACCCCGAAGACGAAAACAACGGAGGCAUAGCGAUUGCCUUCAACAAGACUGUGCUCGACACGUCCACGGUAAAGUACACAACCCUGAUUCCGGGCAGAGCCAUCCAUGCCACCCUCUCCUGGCACGGCAACCGAAAACUGUGUGUAGUGGCCGUAUAUGCACCAAGUGCCGGCGGCCCGGACAACGAGGAAUUCUGGAUGCUAUUGCGAAACAAGCUAGCUGCACAGGGAAACAACCUACAUAAGCCAGAUAUUCUUCUAGGGGAUUUCAACCUUGUAGAGGACGCGCCAGACAGACUGCCGCCUCACAACGACAGGAUCGGGUCCGUGAUUGCGCUACGCGAGCUCCGGGCAGCACUCAACCUCAAAGACGGAUGGCGGGAAACAUACCCCGACCAGAACGCAUACACCUUCUUCCAAACGCACCGCCAGGGCGGAAGAAAAUCCCGCAUAGACCGCAUCUACAUACACUCAUCCCUACUCCCCUUUGCAAGAGACUGGGAUAUAAACUCAUCUGGGGUGCACACGGACCACAAGCUUGUUACGGCGAGAAUAUCGGCCAAGGACCUACCGUACAUCGGACGAGGCCGCUGGUCAAUGCCUGUGUUCCUGAUAGACGACAAACGACUCCAGGCAAUGAUAGACGUGCUGGGGAAGGCUCUCCAAGGGGACUUAGAAGCCUUAGCAGAAUCGGGACGAUCGACAGAGGAUAACCCACAGCGUGCUUUCAAGCGCUUUAAAGACAAGGUCAUAGCCCUUGUGCGUACCGAAGCCAAACAACGUGUGCCUGCCCUGGAACGAAAGGCACGCAUACUAAAGGACAAAAUUAAUGCGACCAUGAAUGAUGGCACAUUGGACGAGGAGGAGAAGAGGCUGACCACCUCUGUAUUGCAAGAU